GGUACCGAUUGACUAAUUAGAGUGACUGAACACGACAACAUACAAGACAUUCUCUUCCACGGGAUUUAUGUUUACAUACAGUGACAAUGAUAAAAACCUUAAGGAUUUUUUUAGUAAUGCUAUUUAUGACAGCUGCUGGAUUUUUCUAUAAGGUCACAUACAAGGGCAACAACAUUCCUUACUUUUACCAGUCAGAUGGUGCCACGACUGUGGGGACAACUAAACAUUCCAAAGUCACAGCAGAAGAUUUCCUGAGUGGUGGAAACAACAUCAUAUUUUUAGAGACCAGUGAAAGGCUACAACUCCCAUCUUUGGUUUUAUGUGCAAUUGAGUCAGCAGCUCAAGUCUACCCUGACAGGUCAGUUGUGGUUUUCAUGAAAGGAUUAAAUCAUACAAACGCAGAAGAUCAGGAAAAAGUUCUUAGUCAUUACCCAAGCCUUUUAUCUCUGGAUAAUAUUCACAUCUUUCCUCUUAUAAUGGAAGAUAUUUUCAACAAUACUCCUCUUUUCAACUGGUAUAAGAAGAUUAAUACCACUUUGGAAACACAUUGGUUCCAUGUCAGUUCAGACGGAUGCAGACUAGCACUGAUCUGGAAAUAUGGAGGCAUAUAUAUGGACACAGACAUCAUCUCAAUGCGGCCUAUACCCCAUAUGCACUUUCUGGCAGGCGAAUCAAAUCAGUAUUCCAGCAAUGGUGUUUUUGGAUUUUCUGCCCAGCAUAACUACACCUGGACAUGCAUGGAGAAUUUUGUUCAAAAUUAUAAUGGCAAUAGAUGGGGACAUCAAGGACCUCAUCUUUUUACUCGUGUUUUGAAAACAAUGUGUACUUUACCAGACUUUAACAAUACGGAAGAUAUCAUGUGUGGCAAGAUUUAUUUUUUAAAUCCUGACCGAUUUUAUCCUAUUAAGUAUUACUCUUGGCAAAAGUACUAUACGGUUUGGAGGAAGUUGCCAACUUUCAAUGAAUCCUAUGCUUUGCACCUUUGGAAUUAUAUGAAUCGUAACCACAAAUCUAUGCUACCAGGGAGCAACACUUUGGUGGAACAUCUCUAUCAACAGCAUUGCCCUAAUACAUAUGCAUUACUUCAGAGGAAUGAAAGUAUUUAUAUCUAGGGAUGGCAUUGAGGAGAAAGUAUAAUGCUAUUUGUAUCAACUUUGUUUUAAAUUAUAGUAUGCUUUAGCCCUGGUUCACAUUGAUGCUAAUUUGAAAUUGCGCUACUUCACUUGCCACUUCAGCCCCGGAAGA